CCUCCUCUCCCCUUUUCUUUUCCUCCCCCCUCCCCUUCCUCCUCCUCCUCCCCUUCCCCCGACAGCGUAACCGGGGCUCGGGCUCGCUCCCUCCCCCGUGCCCUCCCCUGGAGCCGCCGCCGCCUCCGCCGCCGCACACACGGAGACAUGUACCCGGGAGCCCCCUCCGCCGGACCCGUGCUCACACCUCCUCCCCCAUUGCCACCACCAAUACAGGGAUAUGCCUUUAAACCUCCUCCUCGACCAGAUUUUGGCACUUCUGGGAGAACAAUCAAACUGCAGGCCAACUUCUUUGAAAUGGACAUUCCUAAAAUAGAUAUCUACCAUUAUGAAUUGGAUAUAAAGCCAGAAAAAUGUCCUAGAAGAGUUAACAGAGAAAUAGUGGAGCAUAUGGUUCAGCACUUUAAAACCCAGAUUUUUGGGGAUCGCAAACCAGUGUUUGAUGGAAGAAAAAACCUUUAUACAGCUAUGCCACUUCCCAUUGGGAGAGAUAAACAGGUGGAGCUGGAGGUGACGCUGCCAGGAGAAGGGAAGGACAGAAUAUUUAAGGUGGCUGUCAAGUGGAUGUCCUGUGUGAGCCUGCAGGCUUUACACGAUGCUCUUUCUGGCCGGCUGCCGAGUGUCCCGUUUGAGACCAUCCAGGCCCUGGAUGUGGUCAUGAGGCACUUGCCUUCCAUGAGGUAUACUCCUGUGGGGAGAUCUUUCUUUACAGCAUCAGAAGGGUGCUCAAAUCCUUUGGGGGGUGGCAGAGAAGUUUGGUUUGGAUUCCAUCAAUCAGUCAGACCUUCAUUGUGGAAAAUGAUGUUAAAUAUUGAUGUGUCUGCAACUGCAUUUUACAAAGCACAGCCAGUUAUUGAGUUCGUCUGUGAAGUUCUGGACUUCAAAAGUAUUGAAGAACAACAAAAACCUCUGACAGAUUCCCAAAGGGUAAAGUUUACCAAAGAAAUAAAAGGUCUGAAGGUGGAGAUAACACACUGUGGACAAAUGAAAAGGAAGUACAGAGUGUGCAAUGUCACCAGACGACCAGCAAGUCACCAAACAUUCCCACUUCAGCAGGAGAAUGGACAAACAGUUGAAUGCACUGUAGCUCAGUAUUUUAAGGACAGGCAUAAAUUAGUUUUACGCUACCCUCACCUUCCAUGUUUACAAGUUGGACAGGAGCAGAAACACACAUACCUUCCUCUGGAGGUGUGCAACAUAGUGGCAGGACAAAGAUGCAUAAAGAAACUCACUGACAAUCAAACUUCCACUAUGAUUCGAGCCACUGCCAGAUCAGCCCCAGACCGGCAGGAAGAGAUCAGCAAAUUGAUGCGGAGUGCGAGUUUCAACACAGACCCUUAUGUCCGAGAGUUUGGGAUCAUGGUCAAGGAUGAAAUGACAGAUGUGACUGGCAGAGUCCUUCAGCCCCCCUCAAUCCUCUAUGGAGGCAGGAAUAAAGCAAUUGCUACACCAGUGCAAGGUGUCUGGGACAUGAGAAAUAAACAAUUUCACACUGGAAUUGAAAUAAAGGUUUGGGCAAUUGCCUGCUUUGCUCCCCAACGCCAGUGCACUGAAGUUCAUCUUAAGUCCUUCACAGAACAGCUGAGGAAGAUUUCCAGGGAUGCUGGAAUGCCAAUCCAGGGGCAGCCUUGCUUCUGUAAAUAUGCCCAGGGAGCCGACAGCGUGGAGCCCAUGUUCAGACACCUCAAGAACACUUACACUGGGCUGCAGCUUGUCGUGGUCAUUUUGCCAGGAAAAACACCAGUCUAUGCGGAGGUGAAGCGCGUUGGCGACACAGUGCUGGGCAUGGCCACUCAGUGUGUGCAGAUGAAAAACGUCCAAAGAACAACACCACAAACUCUGUCCAACCUUUGUUUAAAAAUAAAUGUCAAAUUAGGAGGUGUAAAUAACAUUCUGCUGCCACAGGGAAGACCCCCAGUAUUCCAACAGCCUGUCAUAUUCCUUGGUGCAGAUGUAACUCACCCACCAGCUGGGGAUGGGAAAAAGCCUUCCAUUGCUGCAGUUGUAGGAAGCAUGGAUGCUCAUCCCAACCGUUACUGUGCCACUGUGCGGGUGCAGCAGCACCGCCAGGAAAUCAUCCAGGAUUUGGCUGCCAUGGUCAGGGAGCUGCUAAUCCAGUUCUACAAAUCCACGAGAUUCAAACCAACUCGCAUCAUCUUCUACAGGGAUGGUGUUUCUGAGGGGCAGUUCCAACAGGUUCUCCACCACGAGCUGCUGGCUAUCAGGGAGGCUUGCAUCAAACUGGAGAAGGAUUAUCAGCCUGGCAUCACCUUUAUAGUGGUGCAGAAAAGGCACCACACCCGACUCUUCUGCACGGAUAAAAACGAACGGGUUGGAAAAAGUGGAAACAUUCCAGCUGGUACCACAGUGGACACAAAAAUCACCCACCCCUCAGAGUUUGACUUCUACCUGUGUAGUCAUGCUGGGAUUCAGGGAACAAGCAGACCUUCUCACUACCACGUGCUCUGGGAUGACAAUCGCUUCUCGUCGGACGAGCUGCAGAUCCUCACCUACCAGCUGUGCCACACCUACGUGCGCUGCACGCGCUCCGUCUCCAUCCCUGCGCCGGCCUACUACGCGCACCUGGUGGCCUUCAGAGCCAGGUACCACCUGGUGGAUAAAGAGCACGAUAGUGCUGAAGGAAGCCACACUUCUGGCCAGAGCAAUGGCAGAGACCACCAAGCACUUGCCAAGGCAGUCCAGGUGCACCAGGACACGCUGCGCACGAUGUACUUCGCCUGACGUGUUCCAGUGUUCGGCGGCUCCGGACAAGGCAGAGUUGGAUUCACACCAGACCAGCUGCACUUAGACCAACAGAUGCCCCAGCCCAGGGACAGCCAGCAAUGAGUGAUGCAUCUUUAUUCCUUUCUUUCCCAUUUGCAAGGAAGCCUUCCGUCCAGAAUUUCAGACUUGAUCACAAACUGCAUUCUUCUACCAAACCCCACUGUUGUUGGAAAUGUGGUUUGCCAAAAAUCUCUGAGCUGCUUGGUAUAAAACAGACCCAGAUUUUAUAAUUAAAUCAAGAGCUGCAAUCUCAGGGCUUAG